CUUUGCAAAUUUGCAACUAGCUAUAGCCUGUGAGGUUUUGUGCACCAUGGGCAUGGACGAGAAGAGUUCGGUGGCCAGGAAGGCCGGGCUGAUCACCAAGACGUUGGACCGGUGCCGGAGCACGACAACGAAGCCAGCAGAGGGCUGCUUCUCGGUGUACGUCGGCGCAGACAGACAACGGUACGUGAUGCGGAUGGAGUGCUUGAACCACCCGUUGUUCCAGGCGCUGCUGGAGGAGGCCGAGGAGGCGUUUGGGUACGCAGACGCAGGGCCCCUCGAGCUGCCCUGCAACACCAAGGCGUUCGCCAAGGUGCUAGAGAAGAUCGAGGGGGAGAAGCAGAUGGCGGCCCAAAGGAGGCAUGUCCUCCCUAGGGCGAACUCCUAUCGGUCGCUUGGCACUGGCUGGCCUAUGAUUGUUGGCCGGUCGUAACAUUUGCAUUUGGAUUGGAUGAUGCCGACUGCCGAGUUGAUGAGCUCUGAGUUUCUGUUGAGCUUGCAUCCUCCUACUAUCGUGUACACAGUUUGGAAGCAACCUUAGCUCCCAAGUAUGGUACUGUAAACAACAUCACCAUAUACUUGGCAAUCUUAGAUAUUUUUCUUUCUUAUUCUAUUUUCUGUUUUUGUGAGAAGGCAUUGUUAGAUGUUAAUGUGUGUUCUCCUCCUAAGUUGUAGUAACUGUCUGCGGAAGUGUUAUACAGAUACACAAUAGAAUUUGUAAGUUUUUUGCCGACUAUAUAUGGCGUAAUACCAUAAUUCCAAAGUAGAAUAGCGCCCUUCUAUUCCUCUCACACUGAUUGCAAGUUGGAGCGUUGCGUCUGUACUGUGUUUAUUCAGAGAAAAGUGAUUUACAUGAAACUA